AUGGGGGGGUCCAGCGACAAGCUUUUCUGCUGCAGGUGGAUGCGCAACAUGAUCCCGCUGGCCCACCGAGAAGAACUGUACCACAUCCUGUGGAUGACGGGGCCUCUGCUGCUCUCUCGAGUCCUCAAUUACCUUCUUCCAUUUGUGGUCACCGUCUUCUGUGGGCGUCUGGGAAAUGAAGUGAUGGCUGGCUACGGAUUAGCUUCUGCUACUAUUAACAUUACCACUGCAGCAGUAGGAUUUGGUCUGGCACGAACAUGUGAUACUUUGGUGGCUCAGACAUUUGGUGGCAAGAACCUGCUGCGGGUGGGGGUGAUCCUUCAGCGGGGCAUCAUCAUCCUGCUGCUGUUCUGUCUGCCCUGCUGGGGCCUGCUGCUCAACGCCCAGCACAUCCUGUUAUGUCUGGGCCAGGACCCUGAGGUGGCCAGAAUUGCACAGCUGUAUAUCACAGCCUUUCUUCCUGCGGUGCCAGCGAUGUUUCUCUAUAAACCUCUGGGGUCUUAUCUGCAGAACCAGGGUAUAAUAUUGCCGCAAAUGUACACUGCUGUUUUGGCAAACAUAGCAAACCUGCUGACAAACUACGUCUUCCUCCACUGGCUGGAUCUGGGAGUCGGUGGAUCUGCUGCAGCCUACGCACUCUCUCAGAUUUACAUCUGUGUGUUUCUGUUUGCUUACAUUUGGUGGAAAAAGCUGCAUGUGAACACAUGGGGAGGCUGGUCUGUGGAAUCACUAGAGGAGUGGGGCUCCUUCAUGAAACUGGCCAUUCCCAGUACACUCAUGACUUGUUUUGAGUGGUGGAUUUAUGAGUUUGGAGGAUUCUUUGCAGGAAUGCUGGGUGGAGAUGAUCUGGCAGCUCAACAUAUUGUGGUGAUGAUCGCAUUCAUAACCUACAUGUGUCCUGCUGCCAUUCAUGCUGCAGCAUGUGCCCGUGUGGGUAACGCCCUCGGGGCAGGAGACACUGCUGGAGCACUCCUCACCGCCAAGAUAUCAUUGGUUCUUUCAGUCAGCUGCUCUGUGGUCGAGGGUCUGAUGCUUGGCUCCAUGAAAACAGUGAUUGGCUACAUCUUCACCUCUGAUGAGAAAAUCGUAAAUCUGGUCUCCUACUCGAUGAACGCAUACUGUUUCCUUCAGAUCUUUGAUGGUCUUGUGUGUGUGUGCAGUGGCAUCAUCUUGGGCACGGGGAGACAGAACAUAGCAGCUGUGGCUAAUUUCAUUGGCUACUACUGCAUAGGACUUCCUCUUAUUGUUACUCUAAUGUUUGUUGCAAAGCUGAGACUUUUAGGGUUUUGGCUGGGACUGCUCAUUUGUGUCGUUUUACAAUCCACCUUCUACAUCAUUGUCAUCUUAAAGCUGAACUGGAAGAAGAUGACAGAGGAGGCUGUGAAAAGAGCUGAGAAGAAAGUGCACCUGACGUUAUUAAGUGCAGGCGCCCUGUCCGACCCACUGGGUGACAGCACUGCUGGCCAGACAGCGACUAAUGGGAAAUCGGUGGACGGCUACGUGUCUGUGAAAUCUGAGGGCCAUGACGGGGAACAUGUGGUGCAGCAGAACAGAGGGGGUCUCUCCAUCACCCAGCUGGUGCUCAGACGAGGCCUCACUCUGUUUGCGGUGGUUGGACUUCUGGUGGCGGGAGUGAGUGUGCACCUCCUCGUGCCCUUACCAGAGACUCUGCCUACUACCGCCAACGAAACGAUGAACUGGGUCAACACUACGUAUAGUCCAGAUCAAACCUUCUCCACUGUGUUGUCCCAGUAG